CAAUGGAAGUAAAGUUUCAAACUGCUGAGAUCAAUGUUGUGAAAGCGGUUGUGCGCAUUGCGGUGUUUCUUUCUUGUCUACGUUGUCUGCGGAAAAAAGAAAACAGCGACCAAUACUUUGAGAAAUUAGAAUAAAUAAAUACUAAAAUAUAAACCCAUACAUUGUCACAAAUAAUUAGUCAAAACAAUUUAAUUUUGUUGCUUAUACAAAAAUAUGAAUGUAUGUACAUAUUUUGGCAGUCGUGCGCAUAUUUCUAUACAAUAGCGAAAACAAAUGGAGUGGCCCUUACAAAUAACAUCUAACAGAGAAAUGUUAAUUUUUCUUUGAAAAGAAAGUUUAAUAUUAAUACAAUACUAAGGAAAAUUCGUACGUAGUUAAUAAAGUUUGUGAAAAAGUUGCAAUACAAGUGUUUAGGUUUCAUUCAAAUUUAACCUGAUGUGCAGACAUGAACCGACGCUUUUUCGUUUAACUCUUGCUUUUACAAUUUUUUUUAUCUUACAUACAUACUUACGCUCAUACGUACAUACAAAUAUACAUACAUGCUCGCUCAUUUAUGUAUAUACAUACACACAAAUAAAUCUACGAUCAUACGCUCUUUCCAUUGACACAAAUCAGAUCUGCAUAUCAGUACACCAUCAAAGUCAAUAUUGAGUUCAUAUAAUGUAAACUUUUAAUCAUUAACAGAUUCAUUAAAAAUGGGAAACUCUGGUAGUGCUCAUCAUAUUAACAGCGAAAGAUCGAGCAUCGAUCGAAACGCUCACUUCCAAACACGAUUUCAACACCGAUGCCAGGACUCACGUCGUCAGUUUGAAUGGAGUAGAUCUGUGUUGAGGUCUAUCCCUAGUAGCCCACAGCGAAGCUUAACCACAGAAUGGAGAAGAUCAUACCCAUCUGCACUUUUAAGGAAAGAAUCAAACUCUCCAAUAGAAAGCGCACUGAAAGUACUGCCGGAGGUGGAUAAGCGGCUACAUCUCCGAGCUACAACGAAUGGUGCAAUUUUGAAUUCCGGAGGUACGAUAAGCGGCCGAAAACAAAAUGAAACCCAACUGCAAAAUGUGUCCAAUUUACUUAAUCAACAAUCCAAAACAUUCAUGCUUGAAACUGUCCACGACAGGAGCUCAGGCUCAAGUGAAAAAACUGGUACAAAGCCCGAAUUUACGCGAUCGCAAACAUUGCUUCAUAUAAAAGUGAAAGAGAAGGACUCUGCGUCAAAUAUAAAUGAAUCAAAUCUAUCUCGAAUGCAGAGACACACGUAUUCGGAGCCGGAACUCAUAAAUAGCCUUAAUCAACAACCCGCAGUCCCAACAAACAUACAAGAACCGCCAUUGAGAGCGAAUAAUCGGAUCAAGUAUUCGAAAAAGAGAAGAGCUCCCGAGGCACCCCAAGCAGUCACAGCAGCUGCACCACUCAUAAAAAACAAUACGGAGAUUUUGCGAAACACGCCUAGUUCGAAGUCCAUACAUUACGCCAAAAAUGCAGAUCGUAAAGUUAGCAAACAAACCCCGAGCUCAGUGCCGAAGCAAACUGAGUUCCUAAUAAACAGAGACCAUGGGAUUCGUAAAAGUGUUAAUGAAACUAACGGCCAACGCAAUUCUCAUGAAUGUCCCAAAUUCACAUUUCGGCGUGAAAAGAGCUCGGAUGCCAUUUUGCUAAGAAGUCAAAGAUCGAUUCAGCCUGAAAUUAAGGCAACUCCUCAGAUUAGCAAAGUUAGUGAUUAUCAAAGGGAUAAAAAUCAGAUUUUAAAUAGUAAAUUUGAACAGAGGACUUCACCUCAAAAAGAAAAUUUGGAUAAUGGAAUGGUUUCAGUUCAAGCAAAUAAAUGCCAACGAACAUUUUAUUUUGGCAUGGAAACCGAUGUUGUUAGUAUUCACUCCAUUGAUGUUGCUGAAGAAAAACUGCCAAGUGACGAAGUUUCCAACUAUGACACUGAUUAUAGGGAAAACUCGUGUUUGGAAGAGAGUUUAAAUGACAAUGGGCUUCUUGUGCGUAUUCGGCCUACCUUGCCACGCCGGCAGGUGGAUACACCUUCGUUUAGUCCAACUUUAGCCUGGCGAUCCUUGAUCGAACAGCAAGAGCCCAUAGAUAAGUCAAAAAAAAUAAAUACUCUUAAUAGUUGGAAGACGACAACCAGUGAGAUGCCUAUAAAGUAUACUCGAACUUCACAAAUGAAACAGCUUGCCAAGCCGAACCAGAUUCUUAACAAUUGGACACCCGAACAAGAUCUUGCCGAUGAGAAGGAUGAUAAAAUCAAAGGCCUUAUUACGGGUGACGACUCAAGUUCGGAUGAAUAUCGUUCUAAGUGUGAAGGCGAUAGCUUGCUAUUCUAUGGUGGCAAAGCGAAAAACGUAGGAAGUUCCAUCCACACUUUUAGCCUAUCGCUUCCAAGAGAUACUCGUACACAGCAUUCCCGAAGCAUUGGCAAUCUAGGAGAAGUGUGCAAUUACAAGAGCCUACAGAAGUCGAAGCCAGAAAAUUAUUUAAGUGGUGUUAGCGCUGGAUCCUCUUCUUACCAAAGAAACUCGACUUUACAUCAGCAGGAAAAUAUUGCAGCAACCAAUUUGGAAUGCUCCAAUAAUUGGUUGCUUCAUAAAAACGUCAGUGGUACAGAGACUUACACGAAAAGUUUGGAGCAUGGAAGUAAAAGGCAAAGACUUGUUCCAUUGGGGCCACAAUCAAUUAAGUUCUUAACUGGUGGAAAGCACGUGAUGUACCUGCCAGCUAGUAAUGAUCCAACAAAUUCGUUGAAAAUUUAUCAAGCAGAACCGCAAGCCAAUAUCCAAGAGCCUAAAUCAAAUCGUUAUUUCAAAAGCAGACAGCGACCUGUGCCGCAAAGUUUACAAGAUAAAACUCCAAUUUUUCCAAUCCAGGGUAUGAAUAAAGAGGGCUUAAAAUUGGAAGAAGAUAAACCAUUUCAUCACCGUUUCUCGUUCAAUAACCCUGUUCGUUUAUUAGAGAAAAAAUUAAAUGCAGACAAAUCUGGAAAGUCUUCAAACCUGAAAGUAUCACUAGAUGGCCAACUGGAAGCAUUAAAGAAAGUUGAGGAAGACUUUCAGCGGAAUCGUGCUAACGAGAAGGAGAACAUACAACAUCAACUGAGGCUUUAUUUUGGCACGGAUGAUGAGCAGUAUCACAGCUUACCGAUUGCACCUGUGCUCGACCGAUUUUCAAAUAUUAAUCUUAACGAUACAAGCUAUAAAUUAUUUAGCCGUGAUGAUCCCGAAGGUUGCGUAUCAAUGGUACCUUUUACUGAACACGAGAGUAAGGAUCAGAAAAUUACAAUUAGUUCAGCGAAUACUUUAACUUAGAUGUCGAGAGCCUGUAAAUAUCAGUAUAGAUAUAUUCCAAUAAAGUGGUCGUUAAUAUAUUGGAA